AUGUCAACAGUGGAGAAAGUUCCUAUUUUAGGUAAGGAAUCCAUUCAUGUUGGUUAUGGAAUACAAGAUCAUAUAGUUGAAGAAACAAUUACCAAUUUAAAAUCAUCAACGUAUGUUAUUAUUACUGAUACAAAUUUAUCAAGAACUCAACCUUUUAUUAAAUUAAAACAAGAUUUCGAAUCUCAAUUACAAUCGAAAAGACCAGAAUCAAGAUUACUUUCUUAUUAUGUCUCCCCUGGUGAAAAUAACAAAAAUAGAGCUACUAAAGCUGCUGUGGAAGAUUUCUUAUUACAACAAGGUUGUACUAGAGAUACUGUCAUUAUUGCAGUUGGUGGAGGUGUUAUUGGUGAUAUGAUUGGUUUUGUAGCAGCUACUUUUAUGAGAGGUGUUAGAGUGAUACAAGUUCCAACCAGUUUAUUAGCAAUGGUUGAUUCUUCAGUUGGUGGUAAAACUGCGAUUGAUACUCCAUUGGGUAAAAAUUUCAUUGGUGCUUUCCAUCAACCAGAAUAUGUUUUUAUUGAUGUAUCUUUCUUGGAAACUUUACCAGCUAGACAAUUCAUUAAUGGUAUGGCAGAAGUUAUCAAAACUGCAGCAAUUUGGAAUGAAGAAGAAUUUGUUCGUUUAGAAAAAUUUUCAAAUGAAUUCCUUUCUGUAGUUACAUCUCCAAAACCAGAUUUAUUAUCAAUUAAACAAGAGUUAGUCAAAACUGUAUUGGAAUCAGUUAGAGUUAAAGCAUCUGUUGUUUCUUCUGAUGAAAAAGAAUCAGGAUUAAGAAAUUUACUUAAUUUCGGUCAUACCAUUGGUCAUGCAAUUGAAGCAGUCUUAACCCCAGAAGCCUUACAUGGAGAAUGUGUCUCCAUUGGAAUGAUAAAAGAAGCUGAAUUAUCUAGAUAUUUGGGAAUUUUACCUCCAGUUGCAGUUGCAAGAUUAUCUAAAUGUCUUGAUGAUUAUGGUUUACCUAUUUCAAUUGAUGAUAAGUCAUUUUUGAAAAAAGUUGGAAUAAAACGUCAUUAUGUUGAAAUUGAUAUUCUUUUGAAAAAAAUGGCAAUUGAUAAAAAAAAUGAUGGAUCUAAAAUUAGAUGCGUAUUAUUGGAAAAAAUCGGUAGAUGUUAUCAAUUAAAAGCUCAUGAAAUUUCUAAACGUGAUUUAAGUUUUGUUUUAACUGAUGAAGUAUUAGUCCAUCCUUUUAGUGAACAGGAAAUCCCUCAAACCAAUGUUAUUAUCCCACCAGGAUCUAAAUCUAUUUCCAAUAGAGCAUUAAUCUUAGCUGCCUUAGGAAGUGGAACAGUUAGAAUUAAGAAUUUAUUACAUUCAGAUGAUACCAGACAUAUGUUGGAUGCAGUUGCUGCUUUGAAAGGAGCCACUAUCAGUACUGAAGAUAAUGGUGAAACUAUUGUAGUUACCGGUAAUGGAGGUAAAUUAAUUACUUGUGAUGAAGAAUUGUAUUUAGGUAAUGCCGGUACUGCAUCCAGAUUCUUAACUACUGUUGCUUCAUUAGUUGGAAUUAACCCAGAAUCGACUGAAAAUGUUAUUUUAACCGGUAAUGCCAGAAUGCAAGAAAGACCAAUUGGACCAUUAGUUGAUGCCUUAAGAUCAAAUGGAUCAGAAAUUGAAUACUUAAACAAACAAGGUUCAUUACCAUUGAAAAUCAAGGCCGGGAAAGGUUUAAAAGGAGGAAGAAUUGAAUUAGCCGCUACUAUUUCAUCCCAAUAUGUUUCUUCUAUACUUAUGUGUGCCCCAUAUGCCAAUGAACCAGUUACGUUAGCUUUAGUUGGAGGAAAACCAAUUUCUCAAUUAUAUAUCGACAUGACCUGUGCCAUGAUGAAAUCAUUCGGGAUUGAAGUAACAAAAUCGACAACUGAAGAAUACACCUAUCAUAUCCCCCAAGGAUCAUACACCAACCCGGUCGAAUAUGUUAUUGAAUCAGAUGCUUCUUCUGCAACUUAUCCAUUAGCAUUUGCGGCUAUGACAGGUACAUCAUGUACGAUCCCCAAUAUUGGUUCUAGUUCCUUACAAGGAGAUGCCAGAUUCGCGGUUGAUGUUCUCAAACCUAUGGGAUGUCAAGUUGAACAAACCGCAACCUCAACCACCGUUGUCGGACCUCCAAAAGGGACAUUAAAACCAUUGUCUCAUGUGGAUAUGGAACCUAUGACUGAUGCAUUCUUGACUGCAUCAGUAGUAGCUGCUGUUGCUACCAAUGGGACCGGAACUACUUCAAUCACCGGUAUCGCCAAUCAAAGAGUGAAAGAAUGUGAUCGUAUUGCAGCAAUGGUGACAGAAUUAGCUAAAUUUGGAGUGCAUGCUCAUGAAUUACCUGAUGGGAUUGAGAUUCAAGGAGUUGAUAUUUCGGAAUUACAUACUCCAGAAACUGAGAAGAGAGGAAUUAGUUCAUAUGAUGAUCAUCGUGUUGCGAUGUCGUUUUCAUUAUUGGCGGGAUUAUGUAAAGAACCGGUAUUGAUUUUGGAAAGAUCGACCACGGGAAAGACUUGGCCUGGAUGGUGGGAUACUCUUCAUUCGAAAUUUAAUGUUGUUUUAGAUGGUCAUGAAUUAGGAUAUGGUGUUGAAGAUGCCAGUGUGAUUGGUGAACGUGGGAAUGGAAAUAAGAGUAUUGUGGUUAUUGGAAUGAGAGGAGCCGGAAAGAGUACUUUAUCUAAAUGGAUGGCUGAUUUCUUGGGAUUUAAAUCUUUGGAUUUAGAUGAAUAUUUAGAAGCUAAAUUAGGCGUGGAUAUUAAAUCAUUGAUUAAAGAUAAAGGAUGGGAAUAUUUCCGUGAACAAGAAACUAUCGUUGCUAAAGAAGUCAUUGGAGGUAGUCAAUAUUCCCAAGGAUAUGUUUUAUCCACCGGGGGAGGAAUUGUUGAAGGUGAACAAUCUCGAGAAUUAUUGAAAUCUUAUGUGAAUAAAGGUGGGAUUGUCUUACAUUUACAUCGUGAUUUAGAUGAAACCGUGACAUUCUUAUCUGCAGAUACUACCAGACCAGCAUAUGCUAAUGAAGUUAGAGAUGUUUGGUUAAGAAGAGAAAAAUGGUAUUCUGAAUGUUCAAAUUAUCAUUUCUAUUCAAGUCAUUGUAGUACUGAUGAUGAAUUUAGACAUUUAAGAAAUUCAUUCACUACUUAUAUCAAAACCAUCACCGGUAUUCAAUCAGUACCUAUCCCACAAGAUAGAUCAGCAUUUGUUACAUUAACUUUCCCUGACCUUAAUAGUGUUUCUAGUGCCGAUUUAGAAGAGAUUGCAAUUGGAUCCAAUGCUGUUGAAUUAAGAGUUGAUUUAUUACAUGAUUAUUCACCUUCUGUUGUGGCUGAACAAACUGCAAUUUUGAGAAAAGUACUUGAUGAAGAUAUUUCAAUUGUCUACACCAUCAGAACCCAAUCUCAAGGUGGCCAAUUCCCGGAUGACAACGUUGAUCAAUUACGUGAAUUAUUAUUAUUGGGGAUUAAAUUAGGUGUCGGAUAUAUUGAUGUUGAAUUAACCACCCCAAAUGAAAUCAUUGAAGAAAUCUUAUCCAAACGUGGUUCUACUCGAAUUAUUGGUUCCCAUCAUGAUUUUUCCGGAAAAUUGAAAUGGAAUAAUGUCGAAUGGAAGAAUAGAUAUAAUCAAGCCGUGGCAAUCAAUGCCGAUAUUGUGAAAUUGGUGGGUAAAGCAACUUCAUUCGAAGAUAAUUUGGAAUUAGAAACUUUCAGACAUGAAAAUACUUUAAAACCUUUGAUUGCUAUUAAUAUGGGUGAAUUUGGGAAAUUAUCUCGAGUAUUGAAUAAAGUAUUAACACCAGUAACUCAUGAUUUAAUCCCUAAUAAACCAACCGGAACUGGACAAUUAACUAUAUUGGAAAUAAAUCUGACAUUUGCCAAGAUUGGUGGAUUUACUUCGAAGAAGUUUUGGGUAGUUGGAUCACCAAUUCAACAUUCUCGUUCUCCAAAUUUACAUAAUGCAGGAUAUAAGAAAUUAGGAUUACCUUAUGUAUUUGAUAGAUUUGAAGCUAGUGAUGCCGAUAGUGUCUACAAGAAUUUAAUCCACGGCAAGGAAGAGCACUUUGGAGGAUUGGCAAUCACGAUGCCAUUAAAAUUGGAUAUCAUGAAAUAUUGUAAUGAAUUAUCCGAUGCUGCUAAGACUAUUGGUGCUGUGAAUACUUUGAUUCCAGUAUCUGGACAUGGGAAAUAUUUCGGGGAUAAUACUGAUUGGGUCGGGAUUGUGAAUUCAUUUGUUAGAAGUGGUGGCGGUGUUCCUAGUAAAGUAUCCAAUGUUAAUGGGUUAGUUGUAGGUGGAGGUGGUACUUCCCGUGCCGCAAUUUAUGCAUUGAAUCAAAUGGGAUGUAAGAAGAUUUAUUUAAUUAAUCGUACAACUUCAAAAUUAUAUGAUAUUAGAGACUCAAUCCCUUAUGAUAAUCUUGAAAUUUUGGAAACUAAUGAAGAAAUCACCAGUGCUGAUCCAGUAUCAUUGAUUGUAUCUUGUGUUCCUGCUGAUCGUGAAUUAGAUUCUAGUUUGGUUGCAAAGGUUGAAACUAUUUUAUCUAAAGGUAUUGAAGUUAAACAAGGUGGAUUUGUACCUACUUUAUUGGAAGCAAGUUAUAAACCUAGAUUGACACCAAUUAUGAAGAUAUCUCAAGAUAAAUAUAAAUGGAAUGUUAUUCCUGGGGUUGAAAUGUUGGUUAAUCAAGGUGAUAGACAAUUUCAAUUACAUACUGGAUUUAAGGCUCCAUAUAAGGUGAUUCAUGAAGCUGUUGUGUCUGAUGAAUAG